UCUUACGAAGAAACCUUGUUUUACCUUGAGUAUAUUGACAAGUAUCUCACAAUCAUGAUUACUUAUCUUGGUAUCUAAAAUUACAUAAUCAUCUGUGAAACCCUGUAUUUUAUAUGCAUUAACCAAUACUUACACCACAUUUGAUCAUUUUAUUAUUCACAUAUUAUUCACACAUUUAUACUAACACUAUAUUUAAUCAUCUUAUCACUCACAGUAUAUUUUUUACACAUUCAUAUAGAAAACUAACCUCUAACCACACAUAUAGUAAAACAUUGUUUCUAACAAGCAUGUGACUAAACACAGGCCUUAGGCUGACAAACUAACUCACAUGAUACAUAAACGUAUAGACCUAAUUAUAUGGCUGACUAAUCACGCGCCACUGACACCCCACUGAAACACAUUGUGUGAUUGCAUGUUUUUCUCACUAACAGCUACAAAAUCAGCAGAUAGUGCAUUCUGCAUGACCUAACUUAAUACAAAGGAGGCUUCUGGGCAAACAAUACGGUCUUUCUCUAAAGGCCUUCACCUGUCAAGUGAGGGAGGACAUGCGCACGGGGAAGUGCAACACUGUCUAAUUACUGAACAAAGCCGUGCUGUUUCUCCAAGGCCAAAAACACCAGCAAAUCUUGAGCCAUCAGCGAAAUCUUCAGCGCUAACACAUAACACCAUGCAUGCUGACAUAAGAUGAUUUUUAGCAACGCCUCAUCGGCAGAUCUCGCGUCAUUUUUGGUAUAUACAUGGAGUCAGAUCAUUAGAGGUUCAGAACGUAUGCUGAACGGUCGUAACCGUGUUUGUAUGUUCUCCUGAAUUCAGUAAUAAAUACUUGUUUUGCUUCUAACUUCACUCCAUCUGUCUAGACUCCUCUAUUCAACGAACGCGUAAGGGAGUUGUAGCCCAAGGCGAGAGGUGGGAGCGGACCCACCUUUCAUUUUACAUUUCUACAACAGUUGGUGACCCCCGACAUUUUGGACCCCAAAGAGUCUAACAGAAGGGCAGCAUCCGACGCCAACCCACUCACGGCCGAACUUCUACUAAAAAGGUAAGCAGAGCCGGUUUUAUCAAAUUCUGCACAUUGGUUAUUUCUAAAUUUGAGUGGAGCGGCGGCCUGGCUGCUGUCCGGAGGGAAGCAGACAGCAUAACAAGCUAUUUAAAUGAGAAUAGAAGUUGUGCCUAUUCCAGGAUAUUAAAGAGUAGAAGCUGUUCCUACUUAAAGGUUUAUAAAAAGAUUAGAUGCUGUUCCUAAUCAAGGGUUAAGGAUUGGAUGCUGGCGUCUCCCCCCGGCUUCUGACGAGAAGUUCGGAUAACGGCCAGGUGUAAGGCUCACCUCGAUAUUGAUCCGCUCGCAAAAAGCCAGAGUAGACGCUGUUCCUACUGACCUCUAUUUUUAUUCGGUUUAAAAGAGCAGAAGUUGUCCCUGCUCGGGUAGACGAAGUACACUACUUCUCUAUUUUAAUUCGGUUAAGAAGAGCAGAUGCUGUCCCUGCUCGGGUAGACACUGUACACUACUUCUCUAUUUUGAUUCGGUUGAAAAGAGCAGAUGCUGUGCCUGUUCGGGUAGACGCUGUACACUACUUCUCUAUUUUAAUUCGAUUAAAAAGAGCAGAUGCUGUCCCUGCUCGGGUAGACGCUGUACACUACUUCUCUAUUUUAAUUCGGUUAAAAAGAACAGAUGUUGUCCCUGUUCGGGUAGACGUGUACCUACUUCUCUAUUUUUAUUCGGCUGGAAGAAAUAACAAAACAAAUAAAACGGGGUAUACUUAGCAGUAUAAACUAUAAGUAUAAGUGAAGUGAGUCUGUGGCCAAUAAGUGUGAGAGAGUAUGCGUGUGUAUGUGUGCUUAUUCCAGGGACUGAGUGUGUCUGACUUUGUGAUUGUGUAUGUGCGACUGACAGAGAGAAAAAGAAAAGGGUCUACGAGUGUCUGUUACAGGGAUUAAAAGUGUGCGUGUCCAGUUUUCCGGAGAGAAACACAGCCUUGUGUGGCGGAGAGAUAAAAUGUGUGUGCGGCAGCGAAUCAAAGAGUGUGUGCGAGAGAGUGAGCGCUGCUGAAAUGUGUGUGCGUAUGUGUUAGACUUGUGUGUGGAACUGUGAGACUGAAAAAAGUGUGUGCGUAUGCGUUACAGUGUGUGCGAGACAGACUGAAUGCAACAUAAGUGUGUGCGUAUGUGUUGGAGUGUGUGGGUGCUCAUGUGUGAUUGGUUGAGUGUACGAACUCUUGUGUGUAAACGAAAUAGGAAUGGAUGAGUCCCACUGCAGGGGAGGAGUCCAAGGUGAAGUAGGUGGAGUUGGUUAAGCCUAUUGGUUUUCGACUGUGAAGUUGGUUAUUUGUGAAUUAACACUUGUGAGAUAUCAUAGAAAAUAGAACAUCAGUUCAGUAGGGAAAUAGAGUAAUACAUUGUGAGAUGGGGGACAGAGGUGAACAGGGGGAAAAGGUUUUUGUAUGGAUAGAAAUAGAUAUAUAUAUAUAUAAAUAUAAGGAUAUACAAAACCUAACUAUACAAGGUAAAGAUCUAUCUGUAAACGGAGCAGUGCAGUAGAUAUUACUAAUGGUCAUAAAUAAUUCAAUAAAUAAAAGAGUAAAGUGUGAUGACAUCGAUUACGAAAGUAACUGAUGCUACAUAUAACUAUAAUAUAAUAUAAUAUAUGCAUAGGUUAUAAGACAGUUCCAAAAAUAAAUGUGAAAAUGUGAAUACCCAAUCAUGAGUACAGUGUACUUUAAUGUAAGCAAGGUUGGGGAAGUGUUAAUAUAAAUAAUUAAGUUGUUGAAUAAUGUCAGAGAGGUGUGUGACUGGAUAGAUAAUUAGAUAAUUUAGAGAAUUUAAUAAAAGGAUUAUGGGGUUGGUUAGCAUCACAAAUACAAAAUAAAAAAAAAAAAGAAAAAGGGGAGUCAGAAUUGAGGACCAUAAUUACCUUAAUUUUGGGUAUUAGACUAUAUCUUGGGGGCCCUAACCUAACAGGGACGCAAAUCUAAUAAUGAACAUAAUGAAGGUGUGUGGCUGUUUCGGAAUCGUUUCCUAUUGCAGAAAUACUCUGUCGAAACUUAGCAGUACAUUUUUCCCCUAUAUAGUUCACUAUUAAUUAAUUUAUAUUAUAAUAAUAUUGUACAGAAGAUGUAUGCUAGAAAUUCCAAAAUAUACUAUGCCAUGCAGCACUGUUGUAUAAGCUGUACUCAGAGCAGGACGAAUAAAUAUGGUUUCUUGUUUGAUUCUUAAAUAACCAGUUCAAUGAAUAGAAAAUGCUACAUAGUUAAUAGUGAAUGAAUUAAUGAGCGAGCCAUUCCAAACACAGCUUUUUCUAUCAGGUGAUUUAGUUAAUUAUCUUAAUAUUCGUUUCUUAUUCAGACUGAUCUCAGUUCAGUCCUAGCAUCACCUAUCGGACAGAUGUAAUAUCUAAUUUCUCUAUGAUCUCAUGUAUAUCCGUCUAUGCUAAUAUUUUGAUUAUCUUAAGAGCGAUAGUAGAUUUCAGAAACCAGUGAGGAAAGACCUUAUUUUUAUUAUUAUUAUUAUUAUUAUUUUUUAAGGAAACGCAGUGUUGCAUCUAUUUCAAGCUACAGGGAAUUUGGUAUUUUUCUGAUAAGGAGACAUAAUCACAUGUAUUGAAAAAAUGAGCUUUCUAUUUUGCUUUCAAUAUGCUUUACUUUCUUUCUGUAUAGUAUUAAAUUAGACUAAAACGAGAUCUGGAAAACAGCAUAAAUUUAGUUUUCAUGCUUAUACAAUGCCACCUAUAAAACAAAUGCAUAAUUUUCUGGCUGUAGCAUGAACAAUAUCGGCUAAGCACUAUAAAAUUGUUUCAUCUGCAUAAUGGUAAAGUUUGCAAUCUGAGAAGCAGAGCCAGCACUAUAAUUUAUGUAUAUAUAUAUUAAAUAAACCUGGACCAAAAUUUAACCUUGUGGUACACCUUUAAGGUACAGAUGCCAAAUCUAAAUAAUUAUUCAUUGACAUGCACUCUUUUGGGUCUAUUCCAGAGCAGUGGCAUCAAAGCAAAUACUUUAAGCUAAAUUAAGUGGAAGAGAAGUGGUGAUAAUGAUGGUAAUAAAUAAAAUAUGUAUACAAUAAUAACAAAUAAUAAACCAUGGGUACUUGGUGCCUUGCACAGGCUUUCACAGUAAACACCAGAGUGUGUGUUUAUGACAGUGUGACAUACCUGGGUUUGCGUUCCCUAACUGUACCCUGCGGGGGCACUACGGCACUGAAUGUUGAUUAAACAGUGCUGCUACGCUGUGUGUGGUUCAGUGGGCUAGGCUGGUUAGCCAAAGACGGGUAAGAUCCCAACGUACUACAACGGGACAACCUAAGGCAGGCACAGUUUCGAUCUGACCACCACAUGCAUUUUAACAGAAAACGGAGAAAACAUCGUGGAAGGGAAGCGCAGCCCAGGGGGAGAAUGAGUGGAUGAAUGGAGUGAUGGGGUGUGUGUCAGUGGAGGCUUGUGCAGGGUAGACCAGCCCAGUGGACAGGGGAAAGACAACAGAGGGUAGAGCAAUUUUGUGUUAAGUUUUCUGAAACAGAAAUUCUGUUUCAGAAAAAGGGGGAGAUGUAAAUAGAUCACCAUUAUUACCACCAUUAUUCGCCCAGCCAUUAUUUUUUACCUUUUUUCUUGACUUUUUAAACCUAUUACCUUUUUCAUCCCUCACCACUAUUACUAAAAAUUUUUGACCAAUCAUUAUUUUAUAGAUAUAGAGCAUUUUUUUUUAAAAACUUUUAGCUUGUUUAUCUUUUUAAAGUAUGGUUUUAAAACAACCUCUAUGCAGAUGAGCAAUUACUUUCACCAAUAUUGUAAAAGUUUUAGCUUUUAAGACACACUCAAUCAUAACUUUAAAAUAUGAAAUGUAGACACAAAAUUAAACUUUCACUAUUCAACAUGUAAGCCAUUUUUUGAACAAGAAAAACAAUGUGUGAGGCUUGAUAAAUUGUUUAAGGAAAUAGAGGUAUUGUUGAUAAUUGUGAAAAGCAAUCUGCUGUGCAUUGUAUAUGCAUAAAUACAUAUUGAAAAUAUUUAUCAGGAAAUGUAAAAGCAUUGUUUGGAUUUUAUUUGCUAAAAUAACGUGGACAAAGCAAAGCAUAACAUCUGUGUUUAUUAAUAUUGAUAAUAUUAUUGUCUGUAAUGGAACGAUUGAUACAGAGAAAAAUAAUCACGUUCCACUUAUCCCAAUUCUUAAAGCACUAAAUAAAAUCAACUAAAUAUAGAAAUCAAGUCUUUAUAAAAUCUUGGGAAUUGAAAAAGUCAGAAACAUAAUUUCUUAGUAAAAUAGCACACCGCAGAAAAUUAAAGUGGCAGGUAAAAUAAUACAGCCACAAGCGGUGAUUCUAAAGUCCAAGCAAAAGUAACCCAAGAAAGCCCAGUACAUUAAUAUGGAACCAUGCCUGAGACAGAAGCCACAUUAUGUGUAGUUUGUGCAGAAUUUAAAACUUUGGGCCCUGAUAUUCUAUUAAUCAGUGUGGAUAUGGAGGGGAAACUAGAGCAGCUGAUCAUUACGAUCUAUAUAAAAACCAUGAUUCAGAUGUAUUUCCAAAUGUUUGUUUCUUAUUUAUUAUCUAUAAGGUAUUACCAAUACAAUAUGAGAAGAUCUACAGGAAGCUUUAAGUGGGAGGCUUAACAGCAGGUGCGUUUAAAGCAGCAGUUUUGUGCUGUGAAGUAGUAAAAUAUGGUCUGUACAAUGAUACUGCAGAGUUGAGGUGUGUGAUCUUUAGCUUGGUUAGUGUUUGUGAGAGUGGACGUGUUUGAGUUUGUGUGUGUGCAUGCAUGAGACAUAGUGUGUGUCUAGUGGUAAACUGGGUGGUGAACAUUAGAAGUGUUUGUAAGAUCUAAUUUGGAUAUAAGAGAUUGGUUGGUGUGACAGGGAAGCAGUUACACUAAAAGGGAAAGGGAUGUGAACAAAAGGAAGGUAAAAGCAAGUAAUUAAUGGUGAUGAUAAUUAAAUGUUGCAAUUUAAAAUUGAAAAUUCCUAAAAGUUAGGGAUUUAAAGAAAUUACUAAAUGUUACGGAUUGAACGCACAUUUGACAGUAAAGAUCAUGAUUGAGUAUAACUGAAAAUCAGGACAACUGAAGAAGGUACGAUAACAAAAAUUGGGCUAAAAUCUGUGCACAGACAAAAUUUAAAUAUGAAAUAAUUAACUUCCAAGGGGAAAUUAGAGCUCAAGUUAAGUGUGAUAAAUGUAUUUUAACCAUGUAUUUUAACUUGCAGGAAGGAGACACGGAGGACCCCUUAAAAAGGCUUCCAAAAUGAAUUGAGAACCUUAAACAUGAUUAUAACGAAUACAAAAGUCUCGUUUCAGAUCUGUUUACACGGGGAGAAGGAGAACGUGGUGCAAAGGUGGACCAGUCCAGACACAGAGUGAGGGUUACUCCGCCAUUAGGCACGAAAGGGGAACGAGUCUGGCUGGAUUGGGCCUUUCCAGGUGACUGAGAGAACAACGUACGCAGAUCAACUGAUAGGCGAGGGUUCUACAGCUGUGCAAGCCCAGAGAUCGCUCCCAGAGCCAGAAGGAGAGGUGAGAACAGCAGCUGAAUCGUCUGACCCAGAUGCAGGCCCGCAGCAGGAAGGAGGGGCAGCAGAACCCCCGCAGCACGGGCCUGGCCUGGCCACAGCAGAGAAAAGAGUUUCUCAGAGCGCAGCAGCAGCAGCACACAGCCUGACUGUGACUGAGGAGCGGAAGUGAGGGAGUGACUCAUUCAGCAACGUUUCGAUUGCGUCAAAGUACACUACAUACAGAGACUCUUAAACACAUCUCAUUAAAGAACACACAUAGUCUUAUCACACACCAACUCAUACUUUUCAUUCACUGAUACUGCAGACAUCAAGAGCCAGAAUAAAGCUCUUCGUACGUGGGGCUGAGGUAGUCUACCUUCAGAAUCCUGAAGCAAGAAGAAAGAAGAAGAGAACUACACGCAUUGCAACUUUAACAUUUACACAUAUAGUGGUAUAAACUGUGAUUUGCUAAAUUAGGGGGGGGAACACAUUAUUUUUCCCUUACCGGUUGUCCUGAACAUUGCUUUCCCUUGCAGGUUGCCUUGGACUCUUGAAAAAACGAAAUUGUAAAAAAAAAAAAAAAAAAAAUUUACACUCUGUAACCUUAACACUUACACAUAUAGGGCUAUAGGUAACAAGUUUACUAAAUAGUGGCAAACUUAGAGGGAAAACACAUUUAUGGUUUAAUAAUGGCUUGGUACGGAAAAAGGCGGUGGGACAGGUCAAAGCACGGACACCAUAACGAACCAGCACUUCCUCCAGUUAUUCCAAUAUGGCUCCAGGUAUUAAUAACCAUUGCCCUCAUGGGUAUAAUGAUAAUAACACUGGCCAUUGUCUCAAAGCAAGAACAACUAACAACGGUAGAGGGAACAAUUAUGAACACUUCGGCGACCAUGCACCCGACAAAUGCAACAGCUAAAGACCAGCCCACACAACUUAAUAGAACCAAAUGAUCAACCAUCGCCCAGUCCAACUCAAAAUGCAUUAGGCGCUGGGGAGGUAUAGAACUAGACUAUUAUUGGGGCGGAAACGACCGCAUGGACAGUGAACUUAUGCGACGUAGUGACUUGUGGUAAGCUGGGGUCCAAGGGGGAAGCGGUGUACUUGUGUUGGUCUCGUGAUGAUAAUCUUAAGUGUAACCAUAACACCGACCAAGCAGCUUAUAAGGCCAGACCUUGUAACAAGUGGGAACACGUAAUUAGGUCAACGCAUGUCAAUUGGGAUCCGAGCGAACGUUGGGCGACUCGUGAGCGGGAAAAAUGGCACAAACUUAACAUACAAAGAGAUAACGAUCCGAUAAACAAUCUAAUAACCAUUGCAUUAGAGUGGCAAUCCGAUCCUAAUGGGGAAAAAUCUUCGGCAUUUUUCAUAGGGGUCGGGGUGGAUGUAAGUGGUAAUGACCCUGUGGGAUGGAUCAAAGUUAGAGCUACAGAUAAACCGACCAUUGACACCGACAAGGCCACAAAAAACGCAAUAGACAACAAUGGGGGGGAUCGGUCUAUACUGGGAGCAGAUUAUUCUACAUGGACAACUGAACAGAUCGUAAAGCUAAGCACAGGGUUCGAAGGGAGCAACUUAUGGAUAAAAUGGAUAAAUGCACAAGCCAGAGAAGCUAACAUGGACGGGUGUGUAGCAUGUGCCGCUGCUAGGCCGGCAUUAUUUUUAGGCCCAGCACCAUUGUUUCCAAUAGAAGACCCGAUAGGGUUCCAGUGUAUGAUUAAUUUAACACGUAUGGCUAACCCUGCCAAUUGUACUGUCCUGUCAAAUAUUUUUCCAGUCAUAGCAAAUACCACCGGCUCAGGACCAUUUCAGAUUCCCGAUUCAGGUAACUUUACUUGUUUUAACCAUACAGCAGGGGACGAGACGAAGAACCCAAAACACUUAGGCAACAUAAACCCUAAUUGGUGCCGCACUAUAUUUAAUGGCGAUUCCGGUAACUCUAUAGGCCCAUGGGCUAGGGCGGGACUGUAUUAUUAUUGUGGAGGAUCAAACUUACUGUUAAGACUGCCCACGCGUAGUCAAGGCCUCUGCGCUAUGGUAAGACUAAUUUCCCCAAUCACUAUGUACGGCGCACACAAAACUAUUUCUAAUUUGAAUAGGCCUAGGAGAUCGGAUGACUAUGAUUUUGACUUAACCAAAAAUACACCUACGUACAUCGACGCAAUAGGCGUACCUCGGGGCGUGCCAGACGAGCAUAAAUUAGUGGAUCAGAUAGCCGCCGGAUGGGAAAGUAUCUUAAUUUGGAUCACACCAAAUAAGAAUGUCGAUCGAAUUAAUUACGUAAAUUACCAAGUAAUGAGACUGGCUAACAUUACCGGGGCAGCAAUAACAGGCUUAUCAGAACAGCUAUUAGCAACCUCACUAAUGACCAUACAAAACCGUAUUGCCUUGGAUAUGGUACUCGCUAAUCAGGGUGGCGUCUGUCAUAUGUUUGGAGAUGUAUGUUGUACCGUAAUCCCUAAUAACACGGCCCCAGAUGGGAAGGUAACUAAAGCAUUAAUUGCCCUACAAGCCCUGUCUAUGGAGUCAAAUUGGGGUCUUUAAUGCUGACGAGAAAAUAAAACUGUCACGAAAAAAAUGUCCACGAAUUGCAAA